AUGGCAUCAAGAGGGAAGACUGAGACGGGGAAACUGCGGCAGAAUUUGGAAGAACAAUUAGAUCGACUAAUGCAACAGCUUCAGGACCUUGAGGAGUGCAGGUAAAUGGCAGCCAAGCCUGGCCCUGACAUGUAAGAUAUAAUCGUAGCGUGUAUACUGUUUUAUGUAAGUAAGUUAAGGUUUCACUUUAAUAGCUCAAUUAUGGAAUGGAAAUUAUUAUAGAUGAUAAAAUUUUAUCUAUGUACUUUCCUUAAAAAAAAUCUACAGAUAUUUUAUUCUUAGAAUUAGAUUGUAGCUUUAUUAUACGAGUGGCAGACAAAGCAGUUUGCAUGCCACCAUCACCCAGAUGCCCAUCAGGUGGCUGGCAAGGGUAUAUAAACAUAUAAGAACAGGAGGCUAAAGUAGGAAGCAGAAAUACAGGACAACUGGAGUUCAGUUAGAGAUUGGAGCUGGCGGUGGAAUUGAAAUCGAGGGAAGGUAAGAGAGGAAGCUGGUCCAGAAAUAGAGAACUGAGAUGGAGGAGACUGAAUUUGGAUGGGGGAGAAGACCUCAUAAAAUCUGCUGCUUUAGAUAAAACAAAGUAAAAUGGAGCAAGGAGUUGAUAUAAAGAUGGACACCUUACUAUCACUGGUAUACCUAAUAUAUCUAAUUACUGACAUUAUUUCAGGGAUGAAUUGGAUGCUGAUGAGUAUGAAGAAACCAAGAAGGAGACUCUAGAGCAACUCAGUGAGUUUAAUGAUUCAUUGAAGAAGAUAAUGUCUGGAGACAUGACUCUGGUGGAUGAGUUGAGCGGGAUGCAACUGGUGAGAACUCUAAAUGCUCGUAGACUGUGUACUAUGCCCCAAGCGAGAACAAGCUGAGUCGAAACCACUGGUGGAAUGAAUGAUUGUCUAAAUCAAAACAUUUUAUGUUAUUAUGCAAACAUAUAUAAUAUAUAGUAUUGUAGAACAGCUGUGAGAUGCUACAAUAUGUAAAAAUAUUCUGUUUUCCACUAAAGGACAAAAGUUGCUUGUGAAGUCUUUGUUUUUAUCUUCACAUGAGGCUGCCCAAAGCAUGCUCAACUUUGAACUUUUAUCAUACAUACAAAAAAAACCUGUAGUUGUGGUAAUGAGUAAGUGUAGAGCCAAAAAACAUAUGGCUCAGAUGGUAAAUCCAUGGGAUUAUUAGUAGGAUAUCACCAGUCCUCCUCCUCCUUGGUAAUAUUUUAUUGGCUCUAUACUUAUUCAUUGUUGUACUUGCUCCACCCUUUGAAUGUAUGAUUCUAUGUUGUUUUGGGGAUUCCACCCAGGUGAGCUUGUACGGUAUGUUUGCACUCGACAAGUGUAUCCAUUUUUGUUGUUUUCACUAUAGUGUAACUUUUCAUUUUUGUUCAUGUGUUGGAUUCCAAAAUUGGGUGCCAUGGAGGAAUCAGUGAGAGCUUUCUCAAUAUGUGCUAACCAUACAUUUAUUUACUGGAACUGGUGAUAUGUGAAACUCAAAAAUAAAUUUGGGUGAAACCACAAAAUGGCGCUGUUGUAAUGUAUUGGCAGAAUAAGUGUGAUUUUUGUUUAUUUACUUUUUUUCUUGCCCACACACAGAUUUACAUACUAAACUGUUUCCUUAAUUAUGCAGGCAAUUCAAGCAGCUAUCAGCCAGGCCUUCAAAACUCCAGAAGUGAUCAGGAUGUUUGCCAAGAAGCAACCAGGCCAGCUGCGGACACGGUUAGCCGAUGUAAGAUUUUUUAAAUUUAGUUGGGCUGGGCAUUAACACAAUUUAUUACAGACAUUUCUGAAGGGAAAAAAAAGGUUUUGCCUCUUUAAAAUUAACUUGUGUUUAUGUGUUAUAGAAAUGUAAUCAAUAAGACAAAUCCAAGGGGAAGCUGGGAAAUCUUGUCAAUGGAAGGGACACUGAGCAACAAUGUAACCUUGAUGCAUUUGAUAGGUUUUGACCUCAAUAAUAUAAUGUAUGUUUUGCAUGCAACCUGUAUUAGGAGAAUACCAAGGGAUAGAGAUAGUAAGGAUAUCCCUACCUAUUUAGAGUUUCUCUCACUGUUGGCAGCCAAGUUAUAAAUUAAAAGCCAUCCACUUAGUACUGUGACUGAACUGUGUGCAUAUAUUUGAUCAGGAAGAGGGACUGGCUAACUAGGCAGACUUAUGGUGCAGCAUUCCACAAAACAUUUAUUUCUGCAAAAACUAUAUAAAAAUUUGAGGAUGCAAAAAUAUUACAUUCCAAGAAACUUAAAGGGACACUAUAGUCACCAGAACAACUACAGCUUAUUGAAUUUGUUCUGGUGAGUAGAAUUACCUUCAGGCUUUUUGCUGUAAACACUGUCUUUUCAGAGAAAAUGCAGUGUUUACAUUACAGCCUAGUGAUAAUGGCCACUCCUCAGAUGACUGCUAGAAGUGCUUUCUGGGGCAAUGCUGCACACUGUGACUGACAUUCAGUGUCUCCUCCUCCUUCAUGCAGGACUACUUAUUUGUGUUCCUGACCCUAUAGUGUUUCUUUAAUUUUAAUAAAGUUAUUAUGGUGACAGGAUGUCUCUGCCAGCUUACCUUCAGGAGUUAAACCGUUAAUGAUUGCUCAGCCUCAAACUGAGGGCCACUGACAGGCCUCCCAGUGCUAGUCAGCUCUACCUUGGACUGGGCGCCACUGACUCUUUCAGUUUAUCAAUAAUUCCCCAUUCACAAAAUGGCUAGAAAAAAAAACAAAAAACUUAAGUUUCUCAAGUCAUUUCAUGAUGGCUCAGGCUGCUAGAAAUUCUUGCUUCAUGUCUUAGACUCAAAUGAAUGUGGAGGAGGCAGAGCUGAUCGUCACCAGACAGAAGACAUUGGGGGUUAAAACUUUCAAAUGCAUUAAAGUUGUGUUGGUGCACGAAGUGUCCCUCUAGGAGUUGCAAUUAUAUAUAAUGCCUUUCCAGCAAUACUGUAGCCACAAAGCUAGAACUGUAAGCAGAUUAGACAUAAAAGGGUCAUAAGCGAUCUAAGUUUGUAAUAGCAACAAGGAAGGGAAUUGGUCAGAUACUAUCCCUUUAACAGAAAAACUGCAUUUUUUACUUUUUUUUUUUUUAAAUCUAGAUGGAUCGAGAUCUCAUGGUGGGCAAGCUGGGACGUGACCUCUAUACACAGCAGAAAGGUGAAAUCCUCACUGCGCUUCGAAAACUGGGAGAAAAGGUACAUGUUUUUGUCCAACUGCCCCUCUAUUCCAUCCUGCAAUGUUUCCGUUUAAAAAAAAAAAAAAAUGAAGCUCCUGUUGUACAUAAAGUUAUUCUUUAUUUUUCUGUGAGUUGCAGUUCUGCUAUUUAUGUGGGAUAUUGAGCAACAGGCAGACAUAUUGCUCAUGAACUCCAUUUUGAAAUAAUAUAACCUUAUAUGUUUAAUAUAUAAUCAAAGAUUCUGGGAGACUCUCCAAGAUAUUGACCAUAUUAAUAAAAUCGUUCUGGGAGGAUCGUCAGAACAUUGACCAGAUUAAUAAGAUCGUUCUGGGAGGAUCGCCAGAACAUUGACCAGAUUAAUAAGAUCGUUCUGGGAGGAUUGUCAGAACAUUGACCAGAUUAAUAAGAUCGUUCUGGGAGGAUCGUCAGAACAUUGACCAGAUUAAUAAAAUAGUUCUGGGAGGAUCGUCAGAACAUUAACCAGAUUAAUAAAAUCGUUCUGGGAGGAUUGUCAGAACAUUGACCAGAUUAAUAAGAUCGUUCUGGGAGGAUUGUCAGAACAUUGACCAGAUUAAUAAGAUCGUUCUGGGAGGAUCGUCAGAACAUUGACCAGAUUAAUAAAAUAGUUCUGGGAGGAUCGUCAGAGCAUUAACCAGAUUAAUAAAAUCGUUCUGGGAGGAUUGUCAGAACAUUGACCAGAUUAAUAAAAUCGUUCUGGGAGGAUCGUCAGAACAUUGACCAGAUUAAUAAGAUCAUUUCUAACGAACCAAAGUCAUACUUGGACCUACCCAGAUGUUUGACGUAUGUACUAUAAUCAUGGCAAUCUUGUGAUAUUGUAUGAAGAGAAGCCAGAUUUAUUAGUCUAGAACAGGCAUAGGCAACCUUUGGCACUCCAGAUGUUUUGGACUACACCUCCCCUGAUGCUUUGCCAGCAUUAUAGGUGCAUUAUGGGGGAUGUAGUCCACAACAUCUGGAGUGCCAAAGGUUGCCUGUCCCUGGUCUAGAAUAUUGGUGAUGACUGCUCUAAUAUUCCAUGUAACCCAUUGUUAUCCGUACUAACAUACUUUCGUUUAUUGACUGAAAAGGUCUGAAAUAAACACCACGCUAAAGAUUAAGUUUUUUGUUUGUUUUGACUUUGUUUCCCGUAAUAUCAUGGUCGAGAGUGCAUAUGAGAUGGGGGUAUGUAAGUCUUGUUUUCUCAAGCCUGCCAAAAAUGGGUAUGGUAACUGUGACAAAACCCCUGUUUUGGUGAAUAUCAGGAUCCUUUUAUUUCGUCUGCUGUUCGUGUAUUUGGCCCUAUUUCGUUAUUUUAUAAAAAAAAACGAACAAACUACCAAACAGCCAGAUCACCUGCAAUGGGAGUGUGCAGCUCAUUAACCGCCCAGAAGCUGCGGUUAACCACAGUUAUUUGACGAAUGGCUGGGUGGUCGCCAUUAGUUUGAACGAAAAGUGGCGGUGGCCAUUUUAAACUGAUGAACGCUCAGCGGUGUUUGGUCGUCGACCGCGUUGAACUAUUUUUGGCCACAAUUUCAUAUGAACACCGCUGUGACUAUCCAACGUCUCUCGUUCGUCUCCAUUUACACGAAUGUCGUGUCGUUCGGUACAUUUAAUGCACGAAUGAGACCGAUCCCGGGUAGCUCAACCCAUUGAGCUAAUUUCGGACACAUUUCCGCGAACAGUCGGUGAACAGACUCUUUAGCUCCAUGGCGUGGGAUCUGAGCGCUGUUCGGCUAUAUUGAGCGCUCAGAUCCAAGCUUUCUGGGGAUAUGUCGAACGUCUGGGUUCCUUUCGGUAAAAUAAGUUAUUGAUUUUAAUGCAUUUUUGUUACCUUGUAAAAAAUAAAAUAUUUUCUCUACCUGGAGAUAAUUGAGUUAACUCCUGCUACUUAACCCAAUUAUCUCCAGGAUAGAGAGGAGGGAUUUCACUGUUUAUGUGGGAGUGUAUUAUAUUUUAUUGUAAAAUGAUUGGUUACUGUAAGUUGUGUUCCUGUCCUCCACAAGGUCCCUGUGGGAGUACCCCUUGCUGGAGGACCUGCAUAAAAGGCCGAGCUGUGGCCAUCAAUAACCCAGAUCGUUUUACCCCUUUAUGAAGUCUCGACUCAUGUUUGGGGGAUGGAGAGCUAUAAUCACUAUUUUGCUCUACUUCAGCUGGGAUUUCGGGAGACGCUACAAGGAUUUUUCAUACUUGGAUAAAAGGAUCCGUUACAGUAACAUAUUCUGCUAAAUAAACAGUAAGAAAGAUCCAUAGGUGCACAAUCCUGACAGACUGGACUGUAAAACAUUACCGCGUCCAAAGUUUCUUCCUGAAAUCAAUGAAAACAGCAAAUACUCCCAGUGCCCAGCAUACACGGACCAUGCAGACAAACGUAGAGGUCCGCAUGUUGUCUGACCCCCACAAGUAGGGGCAAGAACUUAUUCAAAUCUCUGGUUGCCCUGGGGUUACUCUUGUAAUGAUGGCAUCAAGAAGAGAUUGUUUUUUCUUUCGAAACUGUACAGGGAUCAUGUGAGGGUGUCUCCAAACAGUACUUUAACAGUUGAGCAGUGUUGGACUAGUGCAUGCGUCACACAGCCUCUGACAACUAAUAGCGGUCUGAAAGCUGCCAAUUUGAGCUACAGCUCUCCGAAACUCUUGCUGUACCCCUAAACCACUGUUUAUGGGGAAAGCUUAGCUGUGCUAUAAAGUAGUAAUUGUAGGUCACUUACUGUUUUGGGGAAAGCACAUUACAAAUCCUGCAGAGACCGUUUUGCAGGAGCAUUUUUUAUGUUUUCAUUUUAUUUAUUUUUUGCAUAUCUCCAUAAAGCAUUGGUGUAAUUGGUCAAAUCCGGUCUGUAGUGUCCAUUCAAGCACAAUAUUUUUUGUUAUUUUGUCUAGCUAACAGCAGAAGAAGAAGCAUUCCUAUCUGAGAAUGUAGGUGCUGCUCUCAGCCAUUUUCAGAAGGUCUCGGAAGGAUUGGGUAGGUUGUGCGUGUGUGUGUGUGUGUGUGUGUAUAAACAUACAUACAUAUAAAAUUAUUUUUCUGAUUCAUACUGUGACAGGUACACAUCUGCCUCAUACCCCUCACACACUGUUGUUCCUGAUCAUACCUACCUCAAUCCCUAAGACACAAAAAACCCUCCUGACACAUCGCCUUACUGCGGCCAAUCUGCUCAUCCCAGUAAAGUGGAAAAACACUGAGGUCCCCACGAUCAGAGAAUGGAUAGCCAAAGUAGACUCCAUCAAAACCAUGGAAGAAAUCCACGCAUCCAUCUCCCACAGAUAUACAUUCUUCAGGGAAACAUGGGAACCAUGGGUGAGAUUCAUGGCAGAGAACUCAGCCUGACUACCCGUAGCUCAAACCUGUCCCUAUGGGGAUGAUCUCCCGGAUGGGACGACUGCACCAAACGUAAGCAGUACGACACAUAUUCCUCACACGAUGUACUACUACAUAGACCACUUGGGAAGCCCAAACCCGGCCCCCCACUACACAUACACACACUAGUCCACAUAUAUCACCAUGGGGGGCCACCCCUGGCAUAAAACUUAACUAAAGACAUAUCCACUUUACAUGAGGGUGGGAGAAGACAGUGCAACUCUAACUACACAGCAACCAGGACACUGCUCAGGGUUACCGUCCCAGAACUCAAGAAUAGUUAAGGUAAAAGGUAUCGCCCAAUCUCAGUACCAGUUUGAGUCUCAGCCUUAGUUUUAGCUCUAGUAGCUGAUGCCGGUACUACAAUACCAAUUGUAUAAUUCUUGCCAAAAUUUAUUAACUAUUAAUAUGUAUCAUUUAAAAAACAAAACAAAAAAAAAGUGUUUCUAUCCAGAAAGGUAUCUAUCUACUGCAAUGUCAGUUGUCUCCCUUGAUGCAAAUGUAAACGUAAACAUCCCCCUUUUCCCCUUCUUUACUUCUGUACCCCCGUACUUUGAUGUUUACUCUUGAAAAACCAAUAAAAACCUUUUAAAUAAAAAUAGUUUUUUUUUAGUUUUUUUUAAUGUUUUUACUCUAGUCUAGAUCAGCUAAUGUAUGUUUUCUCAGGCACCAUGUUUCUGUAAAUAGAAUAACCUCUUCCUUAUUAUAUAACACUAUUCUGUCUGGCUUCUUGUACAGGAUCUGGGGACAAAGUCCUGGCUCUGGCCAGUCUCGAAGUGGUGAAUAUCAAGAUAUAA